UCGUGAGGCUCCGAGAUAUUCGGGGUGGCACGAUCGCUGUAAACGGCUAUUCCCGAUCCGAGGCAAGCGCGCACACAUUCAAUUGAGCCAUUCAAUCCAACUAUCACCUAUCGACCAUCGACAAUUCAAUACAACACUGCAUACGGAGCCGGCCCACCUCCUUCCUGAUCGACUUUAGACUUCCUAUCACCACAAGGUCAAAUCCACUAGGGGCAAUACAGAAAGCCAAACGCCGGUAAUCAACGACACCAACUGCCAACUACAGCAAGCCGGCGAGUCAAUAUGAAGGAUCUGAUUCUCGACGCGAAUUUCCCCCGCACGCUAGAUCAGCGUGUAUACCAUCUCGGCAUUCGCUCGGGCGAAGUUGCUAACCGCAUCGUCACGGUGGGGGCACCUUCGCGGGCGAGUGGCAUCGCGCCGUUCACGCUUAGCUCAGAGCGUGGUUUCACCACCAUAACGGGCCGGUACAAGGGCGUGCCCGUCUCCGUCGUCAGCAUUGGCAUGGGCUAUCCUAACGCCGACUUCUUCGUUCGGGAAGUGAGAGAAUGCCUCACCGGCGAUAUGGUCGUAAUAAGACUAGGGUCCUGUGGCGGUCUGAUUGAUGUACCCGUCGGUACAGUCGUCGUCCCCAAGGCCAGCGUUGCCGUUACGAGGAACUACGACUACGACUUCAUUAAUGGCGACUCCCACGAGCUUCCUUACAGAAUCAGCAAACCAGUGGAUGCUGACCCCGAGUUGCGUCAUGCCCUGAGUGCCACGCUGCAACGCACUCGUCCACCCACAGUGUCCACGGGCGUCGUUGACAAUGCUAUCAACGCAUCUGCCGAUAGCUUCUACUCUUCCCAAGGACGUCAGACUUCCUUCCCGGAUCACAACGAGACCCUCAUCGAGGAAUUGAAGUCACAGCAUGCGGAGCUCGCAACGCUAGAGAUGGAAACGUUCCACAUCCUCCACCUCGCCGCGAACUGGCCACGCUCCACGCACACAACCGCGACGGUCACGCCUCCCGUUACCACCCUCCCGGUGGCACCCGCGAUGACCGUGCCGCCCCCGCCCUCGACGCAAGGACAGCCCCCCUCCGUGUCCACCACCGACGCUGAGGGAAGGACUCUCUGUCCGAAGCCGCGCAUCAGGGCGGCCGCGGCGCAGAUGGUCUUCGCCUCGCGCACGACGCAGGACUUCAUCACCCCGGAGACGGUCGCCGCGGUAGAGGCGUGGACCGGCCGAGCGGUCCUAGAGGCUCUCGUCGGAUUCGAGAUUGAACCAGAUCGACUGCAUGAGGAGGCUGGAAGUGUGUGGGAGCUGAAAUGAGCACGGUGUCGGCGUUCGAAAGCUCAAAGCAACGAGCUAGUGAUGCGUUCCGGUAUAGAGAUAACCUACAGUCCCUUUUCAUAGACAGAAACAAUUGUGUUACAUUCGGACCUUCAGUUGGCACAGGUCUUCAUCACGACGCUCACUGCUUCCGCUCCACAAGUUUUCAGAGGACCUUGAGUGUGAAAAAUCCGUUCCCACAACAUAUGUCAUGUAACGAUAUUCUUCAAGGUUCCGUACCUCAGUCUAUAGGCUCGAC